AUGGCGUACGUUAAACAUGGUUCAAAGCGCUCCGCGCAAAAUCAAAAAAAUUCACCUUUAAACACGCCCGUGAAAGAAAGUCGGUCAAAAAUGCCUAGGGUUAGUGACACACCAAUGAAGAAGGAAGAGGAAAACCAAAAAAAAACAAUAAAUAUGGAAGAUAUAUACGAAAUGAUGGCUGCCAUGAGUGAGAAGCUUAAGAAGCUAGACAAGCUUGAUAUGAUUGAAGAAAGAAUUAAGGGGAUAGAAGACCAAUUAAAAUCAGUUAAACACUCUGUCGAGUUUGCGCACGAUGAAAUUGAAGAUAUCAAGAAAGCCAAUGAGCGUACGGUUGAAAUCGACAAGAAAACGCAGGAAAGAUUGAUAGAGUUAGAGGCGAUAAAUACUAAAUUACUGAAUAGCGUUAUUGAUCUCAAGGCGAGAUCAAUGCGCGACAAUUUAAUAUUUUAUAACAUUAAUGAGAAAGAAGGCGAAAAUACAACAAGCCUUAUUCAUAACAUUCUCGAAGAGCACUUGGGUAUUGAAAACGCAUCAAUUAACGUUAAAAUUGAUCGUUCUCAUCGCAUGGGAAGCAAAAAAUCUGAUACAAAACCGCGGCCAAUAGUGGCUAAAUUUAACUACUACCAACAUCGGGAGCAGGCGAGGCUUAAUGCAAAGAAGCUUAAAGGGACGGGAAUUGCUAUUUCCGAGCAAUUUCCAGAAGAAAUCGCGAGAAUUAGAAAGAGCCUUUAUCCAGAACUGAAGAAGGCGAAGGCACAAGGAAGAAAGGUUCAAAUGAUUCGGGACAAACUAAUAAUAGAUGGCCAAGUUUUCAAGCCAGCUGAUCAAAACAAAUAA